AUGGGUACGGGAAUACCUGCAACCUGCCAUGCUACAGAAUAUUGGCUGCUGACUCCAGAUAUGAGGCAUGAGCCGAAGAGCCGUCUUUGGCUGUUGUCUGGAAUCCCUACGACAUGGGCAAUGGCAAUGGGCAUAUGCGGCUCGGCUUCUCAUGCGUUUCAACCGUUUGCCCACCAGCUGGUUGGUAGUGGCUGGUCAGGCGGGCAGAACCACAGACCGAACCACAGACCAUCAAACACUUCUCACCUCAUCGUCUACUAUGGAACCAUUCCACUCACCAUGGGUAGUUACAUCAGCAAUUCAACACUUGAAAGUUGCCUCGGCAACUCUCUCAACCGUAAUCCACAUCAGUCAUCGUCAACAAUAACAAACGCGGACUCCAUCACUCCAUACCUUUUCCAACGCUUUUUAUUGUGGAACAUGAUGGCCUCUGUCUCUUUCCCUCUCUUCCUCUCUGUCUCUCUCUUUGAGUCUCUGCGUCUCCCUCCAUGGAUAUUGCCCCCUGGUCUAUCCAUCUUUGGCAAGGUACGAAUGAAAAAGUACAUCAAUUCUCGGAGAUUCAAACGCAGGUACGUACCCGCUCCCGCGCCCACACCAGAGCAUCUCCAGUCCAAACGGAGACAUGCAAGCCGCCCCGGAGCCAAUCAGCCUGCUCGUGUACCUUUUUCGAGGUGGAUCCCAAACAGCAAGGGCCCCAAGGGGUCUUCUUUUCCCCCCCUGUGUCCUUCAGGUUGCCUCUCUCUCCUCUCUUUCCUUGUCAUCUCUGAUUGUUCGACUUGCGAUCUGGUGUCUCUCUUCAACUCGGGUCACCGUAGCCCCAUUCACUACAUACCUCCAUACCCCAAGCCCCUUGUUACCAUGGCUGUUGCUCUAGCCAAUAGGCGGGCGAAAUUUGACAUUCUGAAGCCAACCUCUGAGGGCUCUGAUAGUUUGAUUGCAGCGUCUCCUUGCCUCGCAUAUCGGUGCAUGUACACAUCCGAGUCGCAUAUCACGAGUGACAGACUCAAAAGCCACCAAACAAGAGAUGACUCUAAGCAUGUUAAGUUCCGUUUCGACCCGCCAUGUCAUGUCCCCUUUUGUUUGUUUAAUGAGACCUGGCGAUAG